AUGCAGUCCUUCUUGUACAUAUUGAUCGCGGCAUUUUUGCUAGUAUGGCUAGUAUCAUCUCAAUGUGGUGGUCGUUUUUUAAUUGAUCGAGGUGGUGGGGCACGUCGAUCUGCUACUCCACGUUUCUUAGAAGGGUGGGUUGCCUUCCAAUUUAUUUUUUAAAAAACUUUAAUUAAUUUUUUUCAAUUUAAAUGUUUUUAAAUUCAUUAAAGGUCACUUUAUUUAUUUCAGUGGAUAUAGCAGUCGACCGUUGGGUGGUAGUACCAAACCUUACUUGUUUAUGACAUCUUUCCAAACUCAGGAAGCUUUGUAAGUCACUACUACUACAUUAUAUGAUAUAAUACGUUUGAAUUAAGAAAACCUGUCGUAGGCGCUACGACCUUUACUUAACUUCAAACAGGAUCAACUAUUAUAAUACUAAUUUAGGAACAUAUGUGUGAAGGAGACGAUAGUUGAAGUAAGAAAUGUAACUUUGAUGUUGGACAAAGCCAGAAACCUGACAGAAUCAGAAGCUGAAACUAAUUGCGCAGGAGAACAACGUUGGGCACGUAUCUUGGAAAUAGUUGCAUGCAUUCUUAUCUUUUUUAUUAUUGUCCAUGGCAUGGCAUCAGUUGUUGUAUUUGUUAUAAGUUUUGUUCGACUUAUGCGAUUGAACAAAGCAGAAAGGGAAAGAAAGAGGGAAAAAGACAUACAACUUGAUGAUUUUAAAGGGACAAAAAGGUUGCCAUAUCAAAAAGAAGAGACAAAGAUAAGCCUGAAGAAGUUAGUGUGUAAUCUGAAGGAUUGUAAAAGCAAAUCAGGAGAAUAA